AUGUCGGUCUCUGUGGAUAUUCCUGGACAUGGUCACUUUGAUAUCAAACUGACUGCUUCGAGCACCGCUGCUGACAUUAUUUUAUUGCUACGUGAGCGUUUGCCAGACAGCCCAUGGCAUGGGAACAAGUUGCUGUCAAGUGGGGUCUGCCAGCUACAGUGCGAUGACAUUGUGGAGGCAACCCGCCACAGCACUUUAGUCUUGACAAACUACUCAGAGAUCACCAGCCAGGAGCCUUUCUGCAUCGAAGAUACUGCAGAGCGAGGGAUCACUCGCGAACAAUUGGCAAAGAUCGACGGCUAUGCGAAAAAGGGCUGCAGCAUGGUAGAGCUCAUGGCGAUUCAAGUGCAGAGACCUCACUGGUUUGUGUCACAUGCUUGGAUCGAGCCUUGGAUAGGCAAACUCUGGAGGUUGUUUGAGACCGUGCUAUUGCAUUGUCUGUCGGCAACAAGUUACUUUUUCUGCUAA